AGUGGUUGCUAUGAUUAACGGGUGUGAUUGGUCGAAGGAACCUUGUGGUGAUGGAACUCUUCUGUAUCUCGAUUGUGGUAUUUGACUAUACAUGUGAUAAUUGCAGAGCCACACUCACACACACAAGUUCAAGUAAAAUUGGUAGAUUCUCUUCAUGUCCAUUUCCUGGUUUUGAUACUGUUUGUUUUUGUUUUUAACAAAAGUUUAGAGGUAUUCCUGUUCCAGAAGGACUUCUAUUUCUUUGAAGUGCUUAGUGUUGUUGGUACACUGCUUUUUUUUUUUUUUUCCCCUGUCAGGAAAACCUCCUGAUGAGAAUUCACUUCCACAUUGCUGAUGAAACCAAAGAGGACAUAUGUACUGCCCAACACUGCAUUUCUCACCAGAAAUUUGCAAUGACAUUAUUUGAACAGUGUGUAUGUACAAGCUGUGGUGCCACUUCUGAUCCACUGCCUUUCAUCCAGAUGGUGCAUUACAUCUCUACUACUUCCCUUUGCAAUCAGGCUAUUUGUAUGCUGGAAAGACGAGAAAAACCUUCACCAAGCAUGUUUGGUGAGCUACUUCAGAAUGCCAGCACCAUGGGGGACCUGCGAAACUGUCCGAGCAAUUGUGGAGAGAGGAUCCGGAUUCGUCGUGUGUUGAUGAAUGCUCCACAGAUUAUCACAAUUGGGCUGGUCUGGGACUCAGACCAUUCAGACUUGGCAGAGGAUGUCAUCCACAGUCUGGGCACCUGCCUCAAGUUGGGUGAUGUACGUGUUAGUUAUCUUCCUUUCUAACGUCUGAGUUCUUGUGUCUUAGAAUUUUUUAAGUAUUAAAUAAAGAAGUAUGUCCAUAACAGAUACUAUGGAGUUUUGGACCGCUAUGCUUAUAUUGUAGAUACAUGCAUCUUUAUGUUCAUGUUUAUGUAUGCACCUGUUCAUGUAUACCCUUUGUGAAGGUAGCUAAGACUUUUUGAGGAAAUGGAAUGAUUUAGAAAUGGAAUGAAGAAGAGGUUGAUAAA